AUGGAGUCAUGUCAGUGUCAGCCCCCAGUGCAAGGUGAAUUAUCGCCACUUGGCCCAUCGCGCCUCAUUUUACGAGGAGAAGGUGUCAAACCAUGCCCAGCGGUCAACCAAGCCAUUUGUUUGCUGUUUCUCAGCUCGCCAGCAACGCCAAGAUGGCCUCAAAUUUUCUACCAUCUUGGCAGACGAUUCUGCCUAAAAGCGCAAAUUGGUGCUUGCGUGUCAUGUUUCAUUCCAUACCCCGUGAUAAUAAACACGGCGGCAAAUACAUGCCCACAUAUUCCACGGCGCCUACCUCUCGUCGUCAUCAACGUCCAUGCUGCCCAACCCGUUGCACAGGGCACUCCAAAGCUCAUCUCAUCCGCCCCUAAACAAAAAUCCCAGUCAUCCCAAAAUUACAGCAAAACAUGCCCCAAAUGCCAAGAACCAGCGGCGUCGCAAUGCCGUAUCACCAACCCGGUGGUGAUGGGGUCCAGACCUUUAAUUAUAUCUUUUGUCGCAGAGUCGCAACCCGUGGUACAACCCAUGUCCGUUGGCGGCGGGUGUAAUUUCGCUUGCCCAUCGUGGUGGUUUCACCGGGAUGCCCUGCUAGUGAGACGAUCGGAUGGACGGCAGCAGAGGGGGAUGCGUCGUCCUCGUGGGAUGAGGGGCUUUGGGAAAUUACGUGUAGGGAUUGGGAUCGGGACGGCGCGUGUGGGCUUUUUGUGUUUGCGGAGGAUGUGA